AUGGAAAGACAGACCAGUCGUCGAAGAAAACACCUGCAGGUCAAUGAACAGUCCAAAACUGGGCAAUCGCGGUCCGAUACGCGGCAAAAGGAAUCGGCGGCAAAGCAUGAAAAACAUAGAUCCUAUAGACUUCUGCUCUACCCACUUGUGGUGUGUUUCUUGAUUGGGCUUGUGUUCCUGUAUCAAUCCAGCACCCCAGAUCCUAUUCUCUCCGUCCUCUCUCGACCACGCAACCAUCGCCAGGAUGCGUCUCCACGAGCACACGAUCCCGAUGCAUUCCGCCCACGAAUAGAGCUUCAUCCAGAGGAUCAUGUAUACCGCGAUCCGAGGACCCAGCAUUACGACUGGGUGGUCACGUCAGACCUUUUGCGUCCUGACGGUGUUCUAAAGCAAGUAUACCUCAUCAACGGUCUCCUCCCAGGUCCAACAAUCGAAGCGCGGUCAGGUGACAGACUUGUCGUCAAGGUCAAAAACACCCUAGAUAUACCCAUCUCCAUCCACUGGCAUGGCAUACAUAUCAGCAAUUCAAUGGACGGCGUCCCCUCGGUCACUCAAUGCGCUAUCUCCCCAUGGUCAACGUUCACUUAUAAUUUCACAUUACCCAGUUAUCAAAGUGGUACUUUCUGGUAUCACGCCCAUUCCGGCGUCAUCAGGGGGGACGGGCUCUACGGGGGAUUAGUCGUGCAUGAGCCUGUUCCUAAGCCAACUGUCCGUGGCCUUAUGGCCCGGGACAGCGCGGACAUUCAGUCCAGCUACGACAGAGAGUUUCUCUUUCUCAUUGGAGACUGGUACCAUCAACCUGCGGAGGAGAUUCUGGCUUGGUUUAUGAGCAUAGCAUCUUUUGGGAAUGAGCCCGUGCCAGACUCAUUGCUUGUUAAUGGAGUCGGCGCAUUCAACUGCUCCAUGGCUGUGCCUGCACAGCCGGUAGAUUGCAUUCAACAGGAACUCAACCUUUCCUAUCUAGAUACAGAUAUCGAGCCGGGGUAUAAGCUACGUAUUGUUAACACAGGCUCCCUGGCAGGAUUCACCCUGUCAUUUGAAAACCAUCAAAUCUGUUUGAUCCAAGUCGACAGCAUCGAUACCAAACCACAAGAACCGACCUCAGCUGCGGGAAUCCUCUACCCCGGCCAGCGCAUGGACGUCAUCCUCCUACCCAAGAGCCACAACAACACCCAGUCAUCCAUGACAAUCCACCUAGAUCAAGAAUGUUUCAACCAGCCCAACCCCGCCUUGACACAUAUCCAAGCCAUCCCCAUGUCCUCCUUCCACAGUAACCGUCAAGAAACACCACAAACCAUCGAACGCUUCAUCGACUUAUCCCAAACCCCGUCUUCGGAAACAAUCCUCUCCCAUCUUCCUAAAAAACCACACGAUACCCACGUCGUCUACACCAAGAUCCAAAAACUCUCCAUCAACCAUAACAUCCCCAAUGGAUUCUUCAACCACACCUCCUGGUUCCCACAACGACACCCCCCAAUCCCACUGAACGCGCUGUCUCGUGAGAAAUGGGAUAAUAACCAGUUCUAUAUCGUCACUGGGGAUAACGCAACAUGGGUAGACAUUGUCGUGAAUAAUCUAGAUGAAGGGGGCCAUCCAUUCCAUCUUCACGGUCACCAUUUCUAUAUUCUUCGUGUUCAUGAAGCGUCCAUCGGAUGGGGCUCAUUUAAUCCCUUUGUGGAAUUGGCUGCUGCAGAUUCGAACUCUGAUCCUGGUGAUGGGGGAUACGAUUACUCCCAAGCAAUGCUUCGAGACACAGUGUAUAUUCCUAGUCGGGGUCAUGCGGUUCUGCGGUUCCGAGCAGAUAACCCCGGGGUGUGGAUGUUCCAUUGUCAUAUCUUGUGGCAUUUGGCGAGUGGGAUGGCAAUGAUUGUGGAUGUGGGCAGCACAUCCAAUAUAUUUGAGCCGUCGGUGGAACAUUGUGCAACUCCUGUUUAG